GCCGACGUCGAUGCCGCCUGCCGCAGCACAAGCCAGGAAGAUACAGCAGAACAGCAAGUCGGGGCGUACAGCUCUGCCAGCGCAGCCUCUGCACGCUGCACGCAGCCUGCCACCACGACGCUGGCCGGCAAUGCGCGAGCGGAUGCGGCACUCCAAGCGGCGCCACGCAGCAGUGCGAUAGCAGCGUGUCAACUUGCCGGCGGGGUCAGGGGGUCGGCGCUGCCGGCACGCUCCCGCUCUUCGCCAGCCAUGACCAGUCGAUGAGCCGCGGCACGCAUCGUCGGCAACGCUGCUGGCGGUGCGGCCUGCUGCGAUAGGCUCGAGGCUACUAAAGGACGUCGCCGAGGCUGCGCCCCCGCCUCGCAGCCGUCAUCGUCUCUUCUGCCCGCUCCAUCCUCGCCAUGCUCGCCCUCCGCUCCCGCACGCCGCUCCUGCGCGCCUCGGCGCCGCAGCGCAGCUUCGCCACGCUCACGCCGCCGCCGGCACACGCUCCUCGCGCGUCCUUCGCGCCGGCGCCCUUCCUGCUGGAGGAUGUGGCGCCGCAGCUCGACGCCGCCGGCCUCAAGGAGCUGCCGCAGUUCACCAUCAGCCGCGAGCGCGGCUUCCUGCCGCGCCGCGACCCCAUCCCCAACGGCGCCGCCAUGCCGCGCGCCUGGGCCACCAUGGACCGCCUGCUCGACGACAUGACCAUCGUGCAGCCCGACGGCUCGCACGGCCUGCUCGCCACCGGCAGCUUUGGCGACGCCGUCAUCGACAACAUCAAGCCGGGCGGCGCGGAGCUGCAGGUCGUCGAGCGUGCAGUCAAGGACAAGGACUCGCACCUGAUCAGCGCGCUGCACCGUGAUCUCUGCUUUGCCGCCUCGGCAUACCUCCUUGAGCCGGCCGACGUCUCCUUCCGCGCGACCGGCCGCUACUCGCUCGGCCGCGAGGUGCUGCCCGCCAGCCUGGCCGUGCCGCUCAAGAAGACGGGCGAUGCACUCGGCCUCGCGCCGUUCAUGGAGUACGCCACGUCGUACGCACUGCAGAACUACAAGCUCAAGGCGCCGCAGCACGACGGCCCCGCCGGCAAGUUCAGCUUCGAAAACCUCGAGCUCUGCCGCGCCUUCUGGAACCGCGGUCCGGGCAGCGAGAGCGGCUUCAUCCUCGUGCACGUCGAGAUGGUCGGCUGUGCCAGCGGCAAGCUCGUCGCGGGCACUGAGGAUGCGCUGCGCGGCGCCGAGACGGGCGAUGUCUCGCUGUUCGAGAGCGGCAUGGAGCGCAUGCUGCGUGCCUACCAGGCCAUCCAGCUGUCCAUGGAGACGAUGUGGAGCCGCAGCAGCCCGCAGGAGUACAUGAGCCUGCGCACGAUGAUCAUGGGCGUCAAGAACAACCCCAUGUUCCCGGAGGGCGUCGUCUACGAGGGCGUCGAGGAGUACGGCGGCAAGCCGCAGACCUUCAGCGGCGAGAGCGGCGCGAACGACUCGCUCGUGCCCACAGGCGACAACUUCCUUGAGAUCACCUCGCAAUUCCCUCAGAACGAGCUCACGGAGGAGCUGCGUGCGUUCCGCCGCUACCGGCCCUCGACGCACCAGGAGUACCUCAAGAUGCUCGAGCUGCGCGCCGCGCACGUCGGCAUCCGCAGCUUCGCCAUGGAGCGCAGCGGCAGCAUCAAGGCCAAGGCGCUCUACACGCUGCUCGUCGAGCAGAUUGCGCAGUUCCGCGGCCGCCACUGGGCGUUCAGCAAGAACUACAUCAUCAAGCGCACGCCCUUUGCCAUCGCCACGGGCGGCACGAACAUGCUGCAGUACCUGCCGCACAACCUGCGCGUCACGCUCGAGGUGCUCGAGGAGAGCCUGGCGCAGUGGAGCGACGCCGACGACGCGGCGCUGCGCGCCACCGACGCCGGCCUGGCGGGCGAGAUGCACGUCGUGAGCGUGCGAGCCGGCGCACAGCGCCGCAUGCUCGUGCGCGAGGUCGAGGAGCUCGCCAGUCAGGUCAAGGAGAAGGACCCGCGCACGGCCGGCAUGGCCAUGCCCGCCCAGAACGGCCACACGCCUUCGCGCGGCGCCGUUGGCUGCGACGGCGUCGGCUGAGCGGCUCGCCCUCACCUCUUUCUUCUCUGGGACACCACGCAAGCUCACCGCGGCGCGGUCCGUGUGUGAAACUGAUGCAUGAUAAAGCAAUUUCGAUCGCCGUUCCAGAG